CGAGUUACUGCUUAAAAUUGAUUAGAGAUUCAGAGUAGAAUAUUUUUACCUGUCAACUGUUUAAGAGAACGUUGAAGCGAAAAUGUUGAGUUUGCAAACAGCAGUGAUUCUAACGUACGUUUCAUUUUGUGUUGCACAAACACCAGUAUAUGUGAACACAACGGUUGGAAAUAUCAUGGGAUUUCAAGAGCAGAUUACUCUUAACGGAGAACAGAAAUUGAUUUAUAAAUUUCUUGGUAUUCCGUUUGCCGAAUCAACAGGUGGACGAAACAGAUUUAGGAAACCGGUUCCGAAAGCUCCAUUUAAAGAGACGUUUAACGCAAGUAAGGAACCAGCGGCUUGUUACCAGCAGUCGGAACAAUUUAAUGCUUUAUAUAGAUAUUACGGUGUCUCUGGAUUUUCCGAGGAUUGUCUGACACUGAACAUUUAUGUUCCACAUGAGCUUCAAGUCAGCGACCUACGACCGGUUAUGAUUUGGGUGUAUGGUGGGGGUUUCGUCCAAGGCGCAUCGACAGCAUAUAAACCUGAAGCGUUAGCCCUAUUUGGAAACGUAAUCAUUGUAUCUAUCAACUACCGUAUAGGUAUGCUAGGAUUUCUACGUGACCCACACGGAGUUUUUCCUGGAAACCAAGGUCUAUGGGACCAGCACCUUGCUUUUAAGUGGGUGCAUGAUAAUAUUGAAGCUUUCUUUGGCAGAAAGGAAGAAAUAACAAUAUUUGGCCAAUCAGCAGGCGCGGGUUCCGUUAUGUUACAAGCAUUGUAUCCGGGAAAUAACGGUUUAUUCAAAAGGGUCAUCGCAGAAAGUGGUUCUGCAAUCGCACCAUGGGCUAUAAAUAAAGCAUCAAUUUACGAUGGAUAUAUCAAAGAUCAAGGCUGUGAUCCAACUUCAAAAACAUUGGCUUCUUGUCUGCAGUCAAGGAAUCUUACAUCACUACAAUCUGAUAUGACAAGUAUUGGUCCAGUUGUAGACGGAGAAUUUUUAGUUGCAUCUCCCAUUGAGAUAAUGGAUGGUACCUCUAGAAAAACUGCUAGAGCUAGAGACUUCUUCGCUUCGUUGGACAUACUAAUUGGUGCUAAUGAUAUAGAUGGCAGUGGAUAUUACUAUCUUUAUCAGGCGGCACUUAACCAUUCAACACUUGAUUUCAAUAUAACGAAGGACGAAUUCAAAGAUAAAGUUGUUCCAAUUAUUAUUGAUUGGAACCUUUUCCCUGCUGACAAAAACACAAAAGUGGCAUUAGAAAAGAUUUUGACAUAUGCAUAUACCGACUGGAAUGACCCGGACAAUUACGUCAGUAUACGACAAAAUGCAAUAGAUUUACCUACUGACACAAUUGCUUUUUCACCAGCGUUUAUAACAGUACGUGCGCAUGCCAGAUUAAAUGUCGGAAAGGCGUAUUUAUACGAGUUUGCAGUGCAAACAAGAACACAUAUUGUGCCCGUAUCUUCGUGGAUGAAAGGAUCUAAUCACGGCGACGAUUUACAGUUUGUUUUCGGUCUUCCGUUGCGUGAAAAUGUGUCUAUGAUUGGUAUCAGCAAUUAUAACUUUAGUUCGGAACAAAAGCAAGUAGCUAAAGCAACAAUGGCUAUGUGGUCAAACUUUGCAAGCUCAGGAAACCCUAACACACCAAUGGAUAUUACAACAUUUACGAAUACCACGUGGCCAGCAUAUGAUAUGACGUCACAGCGUUAUUUCCGGAUAUCCGAUCAGAUGUCUCCUGCAUCAGUCAUCGAAGGAUUCUAUCCUAGGAGAAUGGCUUUAUGGUCUGACGUAAUUCCAGAAAUUAGAAGACAACAUUGUCCUGACAAAAAGCAACCGGACAAUUUAGUCGGAUCGGGCGCUGCGCUCUUUGAGCGUCGCUUUGCUUUGUGGAUCUUAAUUCCCAUUCUUUUUAUGUCGAUAAAUGAAUUAUUGUAGAAACAGACAACUUAUCUGCUGUGUUAUGCAGAUUUAAUAACCUUUGAUCCCCCUUCAAAUUUUCAUUUUGUUUAUUUAUCUCGUUUAGAGCACAAACAUGCUUUUAUAACUUUUUAGAUUACUUUAAUCUAUUUUUAUAAAAAAGAAAACCCCGUUUCCUCUUAAGCUUACCUUGUUGGUUUAAAAAGUGAUUAGCCUUUGUCACCAGUGUAGAGCCACGCCACCCCACAUAUCUGUGCAGUCUGUCUCAGUUCUACAAUUGUUGACUGACAAGCUUUAACUUUUCAUCUUGAUAAUCAAAAUUGAUAAUUGACAGCCUUAAAAGUGAAAGUGAUAAUCAAAAUUGAUAAUUGACAGCCUUAAAAGUGAAAGUGAUAAUCAAAAUUGAUAAUUGACAGCCUUAAAAGUGAAAGUGAUAAUCAAAAUUGAUAAUUGACAGCCUUAAAAGUGAAAGUGAUAAUCAAAAUUGAUAAUUGACAGCCUUAAAAGUGAAAGUGAUAAUCAAAAUUGAUAAUUGACAGUCUUAAAAGUAAAAGCUAGGCAAAUCAAUUGAAGACAUCAGCAAGUAAAGUGGUAACAAAACUUGCAGCCUCUGUUUGCUCCUAUCACAACCGAAUAUCUGGACUUAUUUUUAUAAUAUUCCUAUUAUACUUCACCAUUUUCCCAAGUAGCUACUGAAUGUUCAUGGACAGUUGUCUAGGUGAAUUAUGCAGACAAGUUCAUCCAAAAUGCUUCAAGGUGUUCACGGCUGCUAGAUAUCCCGUUCUACGAGGUUUUGAAUAAACAAAUUGGAUUUGUUACGAAACGGGAACAUUCAGGAGAAUAACGAUGCACGCAAUUAUGAAGAAAAUCAUUAUUUUUCAUUUUGAUCAUUUUUUUCACUUUGAUAAAUAUUGAAUUUUUUGAAUUUAUAUAUAAAUGUAAUAAUUAAUGACAAUUGUUUCAUUCCAAGGAGAGAGUUUCUAAAAAAAAGUUCUAGCUCUCUACUUAAUCCUUUUUGCAUGCAAUUGUAAUUGUAUUGUGUAUAUAUGUUUGAUUGAAAUAAAUAUUGUUUAAUAGAGAUAAUUAUAGAAUCCCCACAGAACGUACGAAACGACAAAAUUGAUAAUGUUGCAGGCUUGGUUUGAUUGGUCUUGUUCAUGGACGGUAAUGAAAGGUGCAAGUCACCGUCAACGCCCCUAGCGCAGACUGAAUCAAAAUUCAACAUUUAAUCAUGGUAAUGGUGACAUUUUUAAUUUAAAAACAUCCGCAGAUGUGUUCAUGCGGCGGUCAUCAUGGAACCUUCAACUUGACACUUUCGUGCCAUUUCAUGAAAAGCGGCGUAUGGUCCCCAAGUAAAAGAAU